CAUUUACAGAGAAACGAAACUCCAGCUGCAGACCAACAAAGCUAUUCAGAGAUCUGUCUAGGUCUUGAUUUCAAACAGUAGACAGCAAGGACGCAUGAACAAUGGCUCUCUCUCUGGCCUCCAGUUUAUGGUUGGUGUUCAUACUAGCGGCCUCUGUGAGCAGCAGCAUUGCUUGGCCUGCUUGGACUACUGCCACUGAUCCACCUACUGCCACUACUUGGCCUGCUACCUGGCCUACGACUACCGGUACUUGGCCUACUACUGAAGAUUGGAGAUGGACAACCACACCUUGGUGGCGCUGGACAUCAAGCCCUCCCCCAGGUCAAGACCUGACUGGCCGCAUGUUCAGCAUCAUGUCUGGGAGUGUCAUCACAUUCCGCGGUUUCCCCCGUUACCAAGACACCCAGGCGUUCACUGUGUGCCUGCGCAUCAUCAGUGAGCUCCAGCCCAGCACUGCUCUUUUCACCAUGACCAUGAGCAACAGCCCCACCCUGACCGUGAGGACGUCACCCUACGGGCACGACGAGAUGACCGUGGAGGUGGGCCAGGCGUCCAAGAUCCUCAACACCGUAGCGGAGGUGCCCUCGUUUGGGAAGCUCUCUCCGUGGACCAGCCUGUGUGUGACCUGGGACUCGGCCACAGGCAUGACCCAGCUGUGGAAGGACGGGAAGAUGAGUGUCAGGAAAGGCAUGUGGAGGGGCCAGUAUUUCUAUGGCCCGCCAGUAAUGACUCUAUCAGGGUUCGAAGGUCAGGUGACUGACAUUCACAUGUGGGACAAGGCCCUGCCCUUCUCCAGCCUACGCUCCUACAACCAUGGCUGGGGCUACCCGGCUGGAAACCGGCUGAGCUGGAGGGAGGCUAGCUACACCUCCCAGGGCUACGCGGUCCUGGAGGAUGCCUACAGCAGCCAGGGGGAGCUUGGAGAGAAAGAUCGCACUGGGAUGCAGCAGCGGAGGAGGCACUGGAAGAAGCAUGGGAAGCUGGGAAAUGUAGUCCAGGAGGGGCCGGAGAGUGGACAAGGUUGUCUGGGUCUGAGGAAGCACUGUGGGAAGAGACCGGUGCUGUAAGGAGUGAGAGAGGAAUUGGAAGCUUUGCAGUCAUAUUUACAGUAAUCACUUGAUUAGAUAAUGAUUAAACUUUUAAAUAAUAAUUACAAUUUUGUAUGUCGCUUUGGACAAAGGCGUCUGCUAAAUAACUAUAACCAUAACCAUAGGCAUAAACUGCAGUGAUGUGCAAUUUAACAUACCAUUUAUAUUUCUACAUUGAUUGUCAUACUGAGCCAUUGCAUUCAGAAAGAAUAAAACCUGCACAGAACAAUGGUGGAAUGCUCCGGGCUCCAAAUCAGGCUGUAGUGUCUGCCACAUGUGUUUCUACUCAGUGACCUUUGAGUAAAGUGUCUUGUGUCAGUCACUCAGUGUGGUUACAUGCAAACAAUCAGAUUUCCCUCCAAUAGAGUAAACUGAGUUCUCCGAAUGAACUACAAUUUCAUAAAAAUGUAUCUUUGUCAUGUAACCAAAAUACUCUGAUUACAUUGAAGUUCUAUGGCAACUUACACUGUUGUGGAACAGAAUAUUUUGUUUGAAUGUUCAAAAUUGUCCUGCUGAAGGGUUCUGGGAAUCGGAAUUUACUUGUUCACAACAUGUAAAAUAAAGUAGCAUAGUCCAAAUUCUGAGAAUACUCAAAUUGGUGCUUUACUCCGAUUAUUUGCGCACAUAACUCAACUGAGUGACAGUGAUUAUGAUUGUGAUUUGUUGGUGAUGUUUAUUGCUUUGUCAUGGAGCACUGAGUGUUAGAUUGAUGAGGAGAUACAUUUAUUGAAAUAAGUUUA